AUGGGUGAACCUCCCGCAACCGCUGCUCCGGCACUUCCCAGUAAAGCGCCAAUUGGGUCGCUCGCAAAUGAGGAAACCGUUAAACAGUUGUUGGCAGAUAAAGAUAAACGGGAGUCCGAAACAAAGCAGGAAAAAAUGGAGCUUGAUAUCAUUGAGAAUCCAAUGGAAAAAGAAGUGAUGGCCGAAUUUGAAAGAAGAAGACGUGCUAGGACUUUAACACUUCCUACAGAUGAUGGCCAUGUGAAGUUACUUCUGCGUAAACUUAACGAGCCCAUCUGUCUAUUUGGAGAGGAUAAACUUGACCGUAAAGAGCGUUUACGAACUAUACUUUCUACGAUGGCUGAAGAUGAUGUUACGCGAAUUCUUCACAGCCCUGAAGAGUCGGAAACUGUUCAGCAGAACGACACUUCUACAUGGUAUCACAGAGGGCCCGCUUCCUUACGAGACGCUAGAAUAAAUAUUGCUGAGUAUUCGCUUCCGAAAGCCAAAGAUAGACUAAUCAAAGCUCGGGAGGAGGCCACAAGACCGCCGAAUCUCAAAGCAGUGGCAGUCCAAGAAAUGCACAGAUGGAUUGCUUCACUAGCAGUCUAUGGAUCUCAAGUCGCGGACAACCGCCCAGUAUCUUACUGUGAAUUUUCACCUGACUCAAAACACCUAAUUACUUCUGGAUGGUCGGGCGAGUGUAGUAUUUGGUCAGUGCCGGAGUGUAAACAAGAAAUUCAUUAUGUAGCUCACAAGGCACAGGCAGGUUGCGCGAGAUUUCAUCCCGGUGCAUAUAUUUCUCAAGAGCCGUAUGCUUUGAAUGCUGUGAGCUGUGGGCAUGAUGGAACUGUCAGGCUUUGGAGUUUAGAAACUACAGAUCCUCUAGGUGAACUAGAACAGCAUCCCCAAAGAGUGUCUCGGAUUGCCUUUCAUCCUUCAGGCCGUUAUUUGGCGACAUGCUGUUUUGACUCAUCUUGGAGGCUUUACGAUUUGGAAUAUCAGGAAGAAGUAUUGUUCCAAGAAGGCCACUCGAGAUCGGUAUUUGAUGCUGACUUUCAAUGUGAUGGCUCUCUAAUACUGACAGUAGGAUGGGAUUGUUACGGACGUGUUUGGGAUUUGCGUACUGGUCGAUGUAUAAUGUUUCUGGAAGGUCACACCAAGGAAAUACACUGCGGCCGUUGGCUUCCAAAUGGCUACCAAAUGGUCACUGGUUCUGCGGAUAAUAGUUGCAUCGCUUGGGAUCUGAGAAUUCGUCGUUCAAUAAAACCUAUUGCUGCUCAUAAUUCAUUAGUCUCGGGAAUUACUGUUAGCAAAAAAGGAUUAUUUAUGAUAACUUCUUCAUUUGAUAGCACAGUUAAGGCUUGGGAAACAAGUGGAUGGCGGCCGUUGAGGAUUUUAACAGGUCAUGAUACUAAAGUUAUGGGAACUGAUAUUUCUCCAGAUGGCAAAUGGCUUGCUAGUUGUGCAUAUGAUCGCACGUUCAAACUUUGGUCUAAGCAAAACUACUGA